AUGUCGAACGGACAGGGUCCGCGCGUCCUAUUGACGGGCGCUAAUGGUUUCGUCGCCUCCCACAUACUUUGGAUCCUCAUAGAUGUAGGCAUGCGCUCUCAAGAAAAGGCGGACGAUAUCAUCAAAACCCAUCCUGCCUGGUUGGAAAAGGUAGAGUUUGCAAUCGUUGCGGACUUCACCUCCGCAAAGCCCUUUGAUCACCUCUUUCAUGAUGCAAAGUCACCAUUUAACUAUGUGAUCCACACGGCAUCCCCAGUGAAAUUUUCAGUGGAAGAUAUCCAGAAAGAGAUGAUCGAGCCAGCCGAAAUGGGAACAACUGCAAUUCUGAUAGCCGCCGAAAACUACUGUGGGGCUGCUCUAAAGCGAUUUGUUCUUUUGGGAAGUGCUGUAUCCGUACUGAACUCAUUCGAAGACAUUUCUAAGCCAGGAAAGCCUUACACGGAGAAAGACUGGAAUCCUGUCACAGCCAAGCAAGCUAUUGAACGAAAGGACAAUGUCCUUGGAUACAACGUAUCUAAGAUCCGGGCCGAGAGGGCUGCGUGGAACUUCAUGAAGGAGAAAUCCCCUUCCUUCGAUCUGACCGUGAUAAACCCCGAUAUUAUCACCGGUCCAAUGACACACCCCAUCUCAGGUCCGCAUUCUAUCAACGAGACGAAUCAGUUUGCCAUUAAAAGCUUCAUCGAUGGGACUCACAAGGAGAUUGAAGGAGUGAUAUUCCCUUUCUACCAUUUUGUGGACGUCCGUGAUGUAGCCCGGAGCCAUGUCGAUGCGCUGGAGAACUCAGCAGCUGCAAAUCAGCGCAUUCUUCUCAUCUCCGGAAUUAUCACACCACAGCUAGUGGUUAACUACAUCCGCAAGAAUUUCCCUGAGCUUAGGAGCCGUGUCCCUGAAGGUAACCCGGCCCAGAUAUUGCCUCCUGGGGUACAUCCCACGGAUUGGGAUACGGGAGUUAGCCUGGAUAUUCUUGCUAAAGGUACUAAGGAUGGCAAAUGGGAGUAUGUUGAUCUAGAGACCAGCGUUACUGAUACUGUUAAGACGAUGACCAAGAAUCGCGUAAUCUAGUUUUAUAUUGUUGUUGGUGGGGGCAUAUAAAUUGUUAGGC